CAGGGUCCGGCCAGUGACGUCACGGCUCAUGGCGGCUGUUGAGUGAGUGUCCGAGGCGGCGCGAGGAAGGUCCUGUUUUGGCGUCUCCACGCGGUGAAGAUGGUUGUCCUCACGCUGAAAAACCUCCAGCAGCAGACUUUCUCCGUGGACAUAGAGCUAUCGGCCACGGUUAAAGCCUUGAAGGAGAAAGUUGAAAAGGAGAAAGGGUCAGACUAUCCUGCUGGAGGUCAGAAGUUAAUUUAUGCAGGUAAAAUUCUCCAGGAUGACAUGACCCUCGACUCCUACAACAUAGAUGACAAGAAAUUCUUAGUCAUCAUGGUGACAAAGCCCAAAGCUGCGCCGCCCCCCGCCGCUGCCUCUGACACCAUGGAAGUUGCAGACACAGAGGAGGCCACCACAGAGACUCCGGCAGACCCUGUGCAGCCCACGGCAGCAGCAGCGGCCCCAACUGAAGCCUCAUCCACCACUACCUCUUCCACCACCACCUCCACCACCACCACCACCUCGGCAACUACCCAGUCAGCGGAUACUCCGGUGACACAGUCUGGCCCAACCACGCAACCCAGCUCGGGAGGGUCGGCUGGCAGUGCGGAGUCCUUAAUAGUGGUCGGUGAAGAAUUCAAUCGGAUGGUAGAAAACAUCAUGGAAAUGGGUUAUGAGAGAACUCAGGUGGAGCGGGCCUUGAGGGCGAGUUUCAACAACCCGUACACGGCGGUCCAGUACCUCGUGGACGGCAUCCCCCCCAACUUAGAAGAGCCAGCAGGUCAGCCGGCGGGUGGCGGCGGCGGCGGUGGUGGCGGGGAUGAGAGUGUGUCUGUGGAGGGUGAACCGGAUGCUGAAGGAGACCCUCUCAAUUUCCUCCGGUCACAACCGCAGUUUGAACAGAUGAGACAGAUGAUUAGGUCAAAUCCAUCUCUGCUGGAUGCUUUUAUUCAGCAGAUCGGGCAGACCAACCCCCAGUUACUACAGGCAAUCCAGCAGAACCAAGAAGCCUUUGUACGGAUGCUGAACGAAGGUGGCCCGGGCUCAGGAGGGAGCAGCACGGGCAGCAGUGGCGGGACCCAGGGGAGCGGCGGUGGUGGCGGCGGCGGCGGCGGUGGAAGUGGUGGAAGUGGCGGUGGCGGAGGGGUUGGUGCGCCGACUGCCAUAUUCCUUUCGCCGCAAGACAGGGACGCCAUUGAUAGGCUCAAGGCUCUAGGCAACUUCCCCGAGGAUGUAGUUGUUCAGGCUUACUUUGCAUGUGAGAAGAAUGAGAACCUGGCAGCUGAGUUUCUCUUCAGCCAGACCUGGGAUUAGAGCCAACCGACAGGUGGGAUGACUGGCCUAGACCUACCGAGGCCAGACGAGACCUUGCCACGUGUUUUGUGGUUGAUCCUUCGGGCAACUCACUUGACUUCAGUGGCUUGUUAUUUCAAAAUUUUACUGGAAACGUCUGCAAAUACAUUCACCAUUACAUGACUUACAUCCAUUAAGAACAUACUACUACUACGUGCAUAUGACAUACUGCUACUGUAGGCUUUCCAUAAUGGUGGCAAGACAGUCUCAUGUUCACACACACACACACACACACACACACACACACACACACACACCGACACAGUUGCAACACAACUCUGUGUUUUAGUGUAGGCCAAGCAACCUGCACUGUUGUUAAGUGGUUGUUUGCUUCCCACACCCAGCCAGGCCACCGUAUCUCUCUUUCUCUGUUCAUUAUGCGAAUAAGAGCUUUCGUGCAUGCCUUGCCUCCCCGCCACUCUCCGCUGGGCGGCGGUGAGACUGGUGAGCGUCGCCCCACACCCCGGCUCCGGGGCGACGCAGAGAGAAAGUUGGAGUCAUUGUGUUUAGCAGAAUAUUCAGGAAGUCCAUCCAAAACUUUGUUUUCCAAAUAAUUUACCUAAUUUGGUCUCCAGUCUUGAAAGCCACUUCUUGUUUUGAGUUUUUCCAAACUGUUUUAGAUUGCCUGUGCCUCCUGUUCUGUAGUCACUGUCCAGCUGAGUUAACCAAGUCAACUUGAGUCUGCUUGGGUGGGCCAAAGUCCUUCAUUGAGUGCAAGUCACUGUCUUCAAGAAAAUUAUAGUUUUUUGCUUCUCUGUGAGAAAAAUUAUCUUAUUGCUCAAUCAUUAUUCCUGAACUAUAGAUUGGUAUUCUAUAAACAUGAAUUCUGAGGUGAGAAAGCCAGCCUCUGUUGGUUCUGAAUUACUGUUUCGUUUACGUGCUGAUAAUCAUUGGCUCCCAUGCACGCUGGUCAGGCAGACGCGGCUGUUCUGAAGGACUCGUCAUAAUUUUAGCUGUGUAUGUUACAUGGGAAAUUAUGAAUUUUUAGUUUGAGCUAAUUUUUUCAUGUCCUUGAAGCAUGGAGUGUUGGUUGAGGCAGCAGUGCAGUGCUACCCUCAACACCUAGUAAGGCUGCCCAUACAGAGAAAUCAUGAGUUGCUAGCAAGCACUUGCAGGGCAUUGAGCAACCCAGCUAAAUCAUGUGUGUGUCAAGUCACUAUUGAAGAGGUCAAAUAUAUAUCAUCUUCCUGUUGUGCAGGAAGAUUAUAGUGCUCAAGCUUCCCCAGCCCUUACCCUGAGUCUGCCUCACAUGGACGCGGGCACACAGCUUCAUUACCAGCGCGCCCGCCGACGCCACCACCACCACCACACCAUCGUUGGUUGCUCAGAGCUGCCUGUGCUGCCACACAUUAAGUGACCACACCCAGAUAGAAUAAGUUGCCAUUGCUCUCCCUAGGCCUUACUUCUAUAGGGGAGCAUUUUGUAAAAAAAAUAUUUGUUGAUAUUUCUUGUGAAGAGGAAUAUGACCUGCAGGUUCAA